AUGGAGAAGUUUAUUCGUGAUAUGAUCGAGGACUUUGGUCCCGACCGUUUCGCCUUUUUUGUCUACCUGGGGCUCGUCUGCAUCGGCAUGAUCUCGAUCGCUGGCUUGUUCCUCCUCCCUUGGUCCUCGAUCACCACAAUAAUUACCGGCUUGGUCACCUUCGUUAUUGGGCCCCGUCAGGAAACAGGCCGGCGAUGGAUCAGCCGGCGAGACCCGUCGACGCCCAACACAACCGGGCUCCCGGCGGUCUACUUUCUCUACAUCCUCGGCUCGGGCGGGCACACCUCGGAGAUGCUCGAGACCAUCAAGCGCAAGUUCGUCACCCAAACCAAAGAACACCACAACUACCUCGUCACCACCGGCGACAAGGACUCGCUCAACCGCGUCAUCAAACUGGAAUGCCUCAUCAGCGCUGCUUCCCAGACGACCACAACAGCACGAUCAAAACUUCCAGUCCCGCGCGCCCGGCGCGUGCACCAGCCCUUCUGGACCGCCCCCUUCACCUGCCUCCAGACCGCCAUCCACGCCAUCAACGCCCUGACGCGCGAGCCGGACGUGCGCUACGCCGAGCGCCACCCGGGCAACCCGUUCAAGUACCCGCACGUCAUCAUCACCAACGGCCCGGCCACCGGCUUCAUCGUGUGCCUGGUGGCCCACCUCCUCAAGCUCUUCUACCUCGUCCCGCGGGACCGCCUUAAGAUGGUGUACGUCGAGUCGUGGGCCCGCUGCCGCUCGCUCAGCCUCACCGGCCCGCCUGUUCCUGUGGUCGGGCGUCGCCGACAUGUUCUGCGUGCAGCACGAGGAGCUGGCCCGGAGGACCCCCGGUGCCGUCUAUGUCGGCCAGGUUGCGGCUCGCCUCGCCCCGCCGGGCUAGCAGCCUGA